AUGGAGAAGAAUGAAGCAAAGAGGGUUUUGGUCACUUCCAAUGGAGAUGAGAUAUCAGUGAACAUUGCUUUGCAUUUGGCCAGACGUGGUUGCCGGUUGGUUUUGAUGGGAGACGAAGGGUGUUUGAGGAAAGUGAAGGAGAAGAUAACGGAACCGACGGAAGGGGCGGCGGCGGCAACAGUGGCGGUGGUCGGAUUGGAUAUGGAAGAUGGAAGAGAGGGAGGUUUUGACGAAGCUGUUGAUAAGGCAUGGAAUGCGUUUGGACAUUUGGAUGCUCUUGUCAAUUGCUAUGCUUAUCAAGGAAAGAUACAAGAUCAUCUGGAAUUACGUGGAGAAGAGUUGGAAAAGAUCAUAAGAAUAAAUUUCACGGCUGCAAUGUUUCUACUAAAUGCCGUGGCCAAGCGCAUGCGAGACCGUAAAUCGGGUGGUUCGAUCGUGUUCAUGACCACAAUACUCGGUGCUGAAAGAGGACUUCAUCGAGGUGCUGCUGCUUAUGGUUCGUGCUUGGCUGCAGUGCAGCAGCUAACAAGAUUAUCAGCUUUGGAGAUCGGGAAACACAAGAUCAGGGUCAAUGCAAUCGCUCGUGGCUUGCACUUGGAAGACGAAUAUCUGAUGUGGGAGGGGAAGGAAACGGCAGAGAAAUUGGUGAAAGACGCAGUGCCAUUGAAGAGAUGGCUGGAGAUUAAACACGACCUGGCUUCGACUGUCGUGUACUUGAUCAGCGAUGGUUCACGAUAUAUGACCGGGACUACUGUAUUCGUAGAUGGGGCGCAGUCUUUAACCAGGCCUCGUAUGAGAUCGUUUAUGUAG